GGAGGCGCCGCUGCAGUGGCCGCAUCUCCGAGCAGCAUGGCUGACAGCAAGGCCAAGGCCGCCAAGGCCGCCAACAAGACACCCCCCAAGUCCCCAGGGGAUCCCGCAAAGGACAGAGCGGCCAAGAGGCUGUCACUGGAGACAGAAGGUGCCGGUGAAGGGGCGGCCGCUGCGGCCCCAGAGCUCAGCGCCCUGGAGGAGGCCUUCCGGCGCUUUGCGGUGCAUGGGGACACCAGGGCCACCGGGAAGGAGAUGCAUGGCAAGAACUGGUCGAAGCUGUGUAAGGAUUGCCAGGUCAUCGAUGGGAAGAAUGUGACUGUCACCGACGUGGACAUCGUCUUCAGCAAAAUCAAAGGGAAGUCCUGCCGGACCAUCACAUUCGAGCAGUUCAAGGAGGCGCUGGAAGAGCUCUCCAAGAAGAGAUUCAAAGACAAGAGCAGCGAGGAGGCCGUCCGCGAGGUGCACAGGCUCGUCGAGGGCAAGGCCCCCAUCAUCUCAGGGGUGACGAAGGCCAUCUCGUCGCCCACUGUAUCCCGGCUCACGGACACGACCAAGUUCACGGGCUCCCACAAGGAGCGCUUCGACCCAUCAGGACAGGCAACUAGGCGGCGGUCAGUAACACAGCUGGCGUUACCAGUGAAGUGCACAUCACGUAAGUGCAGGAUGUUAUGGCAGAAGACACGUUUGUACUGGAGUAUUUUCACACCUCUAGUGUCCCCAGUCCUCCGUUUGCGGCGGGUGAACACCGCAGCAGACGUGAGAAGCUGGGGAACGGUGCACGCAGGCGGCUCGCUGGCACCUGCCAGCAUUGCUCCGUCCUGCGUCCCCGUGCUCCGAGCUCAGGACAGGCCUCGGGCGUCCCUCUGGCUGCUCGGCGGACAGGGCCUGUGGCAGCGGGCACGGCUCACGUCCCCAGCCCAGGCUGUUUCUGUGCCCGGCGGGGCCCGUCUGCUCAGGCAGGCAUGACGGGCGGCUGCUCCGGGCCACGCCGCGUGGUGGUGUAGGAGGGGACACCUAACGUUUUCCCCAUCCGGCCUUUACGGGAAGAGCGUGUGCCGGGGACCCAGCCCAGCCCUCUUCACACAGGCUGGCUGCUACCCCGUCCUGCAGCCCACACCCCAUGGGACACCCUGUCACCACCCGCUCCGUGCAGGCCAGGAGGACAAUUCAGCUGUACUGUGAAGCUCCCGAUAGGCUAGAAUGUCCUUCAAACACGGAUCCCGAAUAGCUCCCCCCACUGAUUUACUACUGAGCACUGUGGAGCCUGGCGGCUCCGGGCCCAGCCUCUGUCCCCGGGCCUGCGGAGGGCAUGGCCCCGGGCGGGCCGGGCAGUGCUCACCCUGAGCUUUGAGAUGCUUUUUCUCUCCCUUUAGACUCUUGAAAACCCAACCAAGCCAAACAACAAAGGAAACCCGCACAACUUAAAAGAAACUUGAAAGGAUCGUAUACUACUAGUUUGUACUGAGUUUUUUCAGGAAAGGGAAAUAAAUUUAUAUAUAUAUGCAAUAUAUUUUUACACUGUUUUGUUACCAUUAGGGAGUCCUGAGUGUAUCACUUUAUCGGUGUGAUGGUAAAGUGGCGUCGACGUCUUGGGUGUUCUGACUCAGAGAGGCACGUCUGCUGGCAUCUAAAAGGCGCACUCACCGGGGACACGUACGGGAUCGGGGUGGUCCUCCCCUCCCUCCCCAGAGCGCGAGGCGCGGUGUCACCGUCAGAGCUGCUGUCAAGGCCUGGCUUGCUCGUGUCUGUCUGCAUAUCGCUCCCCCUGUGUCCGCUGUUAACACUGUGUGUCAAAUUGGUAAAGUGACAAAUAAAGGUGUUGGAAUGUG